AUGUCUGCGAAACCACCUGUAAAGAAUUCUACAAAGAAUGUUACCUGCGUGAAAGUUAAACCAGGCUAUUCCAAUUCCAACAAGGACAUCGAAAUACGCUAUAUUGACACAAAGGUGAUUGGCUCAGGAAGCUUUGGUAUGGUCUAUUCUGCAAAACUCUAUGAUACCAAUGAAGAUGUCGCUAUCAAAAAGGUUUACCAAGACAAACGUUUCAAGAACCGUGAACUCCAAAUAAUGAGGCGGCUUGAACAUCCGAACAUCGUCAGACUGAUGUACUACUACUUUGCAGCCGAGAAUGCAAGGAAUGAAGAAUACCUCUAUCUGGUAUUGGAGUUCUUCCCAAAAACUCUUCAUCAAGUAAUAAAAACCUGCGCAAGUACAGGGCAUGUGCUCGAUCUGUUUGCGGUUAAGCUGUACAUGUUUCAACUCUUUCGUGGACUCGCUUUCAUGAGCAGUCUGAAUAUUUGCCAUCGUGACAUCAAACCGCACAAUUUGCUCGUGAAUCCAGAACGAGGCACACUUCGGAUCUGCGAUUUUGGCUCUGCCAAAGUUAUGAACAAGGAUGACACAAAUGUUUCUUACAUCUGUUCGAGGUACUAUCGAGCUCCCGAACUUAUCUUUGGUGCUGUUUCAUAUACCACGAAAAUAGAUGUUUGGUCAGCCGGGACCGUAAUGGCUGAGUUACUACUGGGGAAGCCACUAUUUCCAGGAGAUUCGGCGGUAGACCAGUUAGUAGAAAUUAUGAAGGUCCUGGGAUCUCCUACAAAGGAAGAGAUAUUCGCCAUGAAUCAGAAUUACAAGGAGUUUAAGUUUCCCGAUCUCAAACGCAUCCCAUGGGAGAAACUCUUCAAAGGAAGAAGCCUUCAAUCAGCUGUAAAACUGUUGAAUGAUGUUCUGCGUUACGAUCCUUCUACGCGGUGUCAUGCUAUCGAGGCUUUGGCUCAUCCAUUUUUUGAUGAGCUGAGAAAUCCAGAUCUUGAGGAAAUGCCAAACGGGAAUCUGAUGCCUCGACUGUUUGACUGGCUGGAGAGAGAAGUAAAUAUUCGCCCUGAUCUCAACAGAAAGAUAUUUCCUCACCACAAAUCAGGUUCAAGUAGUGAAGAAGAGAAGCAACGGAAAGAUGAUGGAUCCUCGUCUUCGUAA